AUGGCCUCCGCGGGGUCCAAAGUGGCCGAGCUUGCAUCUAAGCUUUACGAUGCAUGCACCAGCGAGUUCGAUCCCGAUCACCUUUUCUUCCAAAACGACUUUCUCGACCUGAAAGUCAUCCCCGACAAUGAUGUCGCACUUCUGCUAGAAUGCGCUCAGAGUCUCGUCGAUCAAAAUCUGUUCCGGCUUCUCACCAAGGAUGGAAAACUAACAUGGCGACUCAUUGACCGCGAGGAUGCUGAAAAACUCCGCAAUCUCACCCCCGACGAGGCCAUGGUCUACAAUGUCAUCCACUCCACCGGACGAACAGGCAUCUGGGUCCGCCAUAUCGGAAACCGUACAAACCUGCACAAGUCCAUCCUGGACCGCUGCCUCAAAUCACUCGAAAGCAAAACCUACAUCAAAUCUCUGCACAAUGUCAAAUACCCCAGCCGCAAGAUGUACAUGCUGGCAGGCCUGGCUCCAAGCGAAGAAGUCACUGGAGGAGCCUGGUUCACCGACGGCGUUCUCGAUGCAAACUUCAUCAACAGCGUGGCCGGCUACAUCGAAUACACCGUGAGCCGAAAAAGCUGGUACGAAGUGCCCGCCUCUGAGCGGAAAAACAAACGCCUCAAGACCGCCUCCGGCAAAGCAGACGUCAAAGAGGAGAAAACUUACCUUCCCUACCCCCACGGCUACAAAGGCUACCCCACCGUGGAAAUGAUCACCGCCGCCGUCAACGAGAGCGGCAUCACACCUGUCCGCCUGGGCGAAGAGAGCGUGGUCCAACUCCUCGAAAUGCUCUGCUACGACAACAAGCUCGUCUCAAUCGGUACAGGCGAGGUCUACCGAUCUCUCAAGAGCCCAGACGCAGUCAAAGAAAAGCAAGCGCGCAAGGCGCCCGUCGAAGGCGACGACCUCGCCCUUGCAAACAAGCAUCUCGUGAAAAACGGCAUGACCGAAGCGCCCUGUGGCCAGUGUCCUGUCUUCAAACUGUGCUCGCCUGGAGGCACAGUCAGUCCCGAGACAUGCGAGUAUUUCGACCCGUGGCUGAACAGCGGACUUGGCUUCUAA